ACUAAGAUGAUGAAGCUUCGGAAUUUCUUUCUCUUUGUUGCAGCAGUUCUCGCACUCUCCUAUGGCGUGUUUUGUGAUGGGAAGGUGAUGAUGGAAUACAUUGGAGCCACCGGAGUUGAAGUAACAUUUGAUGGAGUUCCAAUUAGUAAUGGCAUUGAUUUCCAUUUCAUUCUAAGUUUCGCCGUGGAUGCUGACCCUUACGGCAACUACAAGAACGGCAAGUUCUCGCCCUACUGGAUCGACACCCUCACGCCGAAAUCUGUCGCAGCCAUCAAAUCCCGUCACCCCAAUGUCAAAGCCCUUGCUAGCCUCUCGGGUUGGAGCCUCGGCGACAAAGUCCUUCGUUGGUACAACCCAAAGGAUCCAGAAGCCUGGAUUUCAAAUGCAUUUUCAUCCCUCAAAUCCAUAACAAAGACAUACCAUCUUGAUGGCAUCGACAUCGACUAUGAAAACUUCCCCAAAAAAAACAUAUCAUCCUUCGCCUACUGCAUCGGCGAACUCAUCACCCUCUUGAAGAACCAAUCCGUGAUUUCCGUGGCCACAAUCGCCCCAUUUCACACCACCGUUCCGCACUACGUCGAGCUCUUUAACAAAUAUGAUGCCGUAAUCGACUACGUCAACUACCAGUUCUACACCGACAAGGUCAAGAAUCCGGGAGGGUUCUUGAAGACGUUUGUGCUGUGGGCUGAGCAGUUUGAUAGGGCCAAACUGUUGCCGAGCUAUGAGGUGAACGGGAGAGGGAUUCAGGGAGAUGGGUUCUUUGAGGCUUUGAGAUUGUUGGAGGCAAAAGGGUUUGAUGUUAAUGGAGUUAUGAUCUUCUCGGCUGAUGCUUCUAUGGAUAAUGGGUAUUAUUAUGAGAAGAAAUCUCAGGCUUUCUUGCUCAACUCUACUCGAGUUUGACGAGAAUCUUGAAGAUUAUCGGAUGCGGAGGUUCUGAAAAUUUUAAAAUACGGACGAAGUUUUCUUGUAUCUCUAACAUCAUUGGAAAGCUCUUUAUCCUCGACCGCGUCAGGGCGUGCAAGUUCAUGCAUUCUCUAUGUCGGUGUUCAUUGCGACGGGAUGAACAGUUGAAAACUAUUAAAAAAUAAAAUUAUAGUAG